AUGGGAGAGCACAGGGACCGAGACAACGGGGUGGAAAUAGCAGCUGCGGAAAGGAGGCGGCCCCCAAGGCGAGGGGGCGGGCUGCGAGCAGGCGGCUCUAGGACCCCGAGGGCCCUGGACUGCCCCAGUAGCGGCAGAGCGCGGGGCUGGGCUGUGCGCUUCGGGACUGCCCAGCUCCCGACUGGUCCCUGGUGCGGGGCCGGGGCGCAGCGCGGACCCCUGAUCCCCGGGGGCAGCAUAGCCAUGGGCGAGGUUCGCGUCCUCCGGCCCUUCAAGCUAAUCGCCCUCGUCUGCCUGCUGGUCGCCCUGGCGCUGGACGUGGUGGCCCUAUUGAGCCCCGCCUGGGUCACUUCGGAGCGCGGCUCGCUGUCGCUGUGGGAGGCGUGUAAACGGGCCCCGGACGUGUGGCACUGCCUCAGCACCUUGAGGACAGACUGGCAAGUGGCUACUCUGGUGUUAAUCCUGAUGGCAGCCACUAUCACCUUGCUGUCGUUCUUUGCCUCCCUGGUCUCCUUCUGCCUAGGCACUCCCAGGCGGUACUACAGAGUUGUUGCUGUUCUUCUCUUGGUUGCAGUGGUUCUGCAAGUGUGUGCCUUGAUUCUCUAUCCAAUCAAAUUCAUUGACAGCAGCAUGCUGAAGAGCUACCACGAGUUCAACUGGGGAUACGGCCUGGGCUGGGGAUCCACUAUCUUCAUGCUGGGUGCAGCCAUCCUGUACUGCCUGCGCACGGACGUUUACGAGGACGCCUACUACUAGGGUUGGGCAGAGUUGCUGGCCAGCCACAGCAGAUCACUGGACUACCAUUAGAUUGACUGGACCAGAGCAUGAGGGGCAAGGAAGGGAGGAGGGCUGUUGGGUCCACUGGGGUUUUUAGAGCACCUAUUCUAAGACACCGAAACAAAAGUUUUGCAAGAAAUCAACAAGCCUUAAUGAAAGAUGUGGUUGUGAAGAUCUGGAACUGGACACUCAUUAAGGUGGUAGGGGGAAUGUGGAGAGAGAAAUGGGUUGUAGCUCAUCAAAAUAACCAGCUGUUCUCUCAGUCAUCUCAUGGUUUUUUCCUUUCCUUUUUUAUACAGGACAGUUUUCUCUGAAUUGUAGAGAGUGACUUGUAUUAGUUAAGAGGUGAAGCCUGCUUUUAUUUUGAUACAAUUUUGACACAUGAUGCUGUAAGAAAUAAUUCAGAGUUUGGGUUUUGUAAAGACUUGUCUAUUCCAUGUGACUUUGGAGUGACCACUAGCUCCUGGAGAAGCCACGCUCUCUUUUAGAUAAGUGUGCAGAGUUUGACUGCUGCAUCUCGCCUUUCGGUGGCUGCACAGUACAGAAUGUCUUCUGAUGCAGAGAAGAAUAAAUUUAGAGAAAGAACCUGCAUAUACAUUUCUUUCAGUCUUUAGUGGCUCAGGUGACCUAGCCACUGGAGCAUAUGAAGAGAGGUCAGAGCUGUAAAGGUCUGGGAUAUAAAUAGGCAGGCACUGCAGUUUAAGCCCUGUGGAGCUAACAUGCACAGCAGAUGCAGCAAAGGGAGUGCUGCAAAGCAAACACAUUCCUGAAAUAGCAUGAGGCUUUCUAUGCCUGAAUUCUUUCCAGCCUAUGUCAAUAAUACAAAUGCUUUCCCCUCCUCCCUCCCGCCCCUCCCCCCCAAAAAAGGCAAGAGGGAGGAAAAACUUAGGAUCUGGCUUAAUGGCAACAUGUACUGCCAAAAAAUACUGUAAGCAAUAAUUGUCUUACUAUUGGGUGAAUGGGUUUUUAUUAGGAUAUGUGUUGUCAUAGAUUCACAAACCUAGGCUGAGUUGUCAAGGUGCCCACACCAACUACAACCGAGAUAGGUAUCCAGCUUAGCUUUUGCAGGAUUACAACUUGCACAGUAGAUCAUGUUUAUAAAUGACUGUAUUUCA